AUGCAAGAUGAUGAGGAUGAAGAUGAUUUCAGUGACGAUGGUGAAGAUGAAGAUGAUUCUAUUGAAUAUAUUCAAAAAGGAAUUGGUAGAUUUAAUAAAAAGGAAUUGUCAAUUAUGAAGCAAACCAAAAGGUCAACAAAGAAGAGAGUUGUAAAGGUUAAUAUUCCCCCCUCAAACUCAACUUCCAUUACUCAACCUCAUCCCACUCCACCAUUAUUUCAGCCUCAACUCACUCAACCACAGCUCACUCCACCCUUAUUUCAGCCGCAACUCACUCAACCUCAACCACUACCCAUUCCACUUCUAUUUAAACCUCAACCACAACCCAUUCCAUCCGUAUUUCAACCUCAACCACAACCCAUUCCAUCCAUAUUUCAACCUCAACCCUUUACACCUUCAUUUCAACCACAAUCCAACCAACUUAUUCAUCCUCAACCCCAAUCACGACCCAAAUCCACCCAAUCUCAUCCUCUACUAUCUCAAUCCCCACCCAUAUAUCGAUCUCGUCCUCAAUCCACUCAAUCUUACCCUCCACCACCGCAAUCUCAAGCUCAACCUCGAUCACGACCCAAAUCCAAGCAAUCUCACCCUCCACCACUUCAAGCUCAACCUCAAGUUCAAUCUUCAUCUAGUCAUAUUAGUAGUGAAGAAAAUAUAUCAAAAAUUCCAAUACUCCCAGAAGGGGAUGAAUGA